GGGGGCGGCUUGGGGGAGGGGUAAGCGCGAGGCAGGCGCACUUGCCCGCUGGGUCCUAGAGCCCGGCCCUGACUGUAGCGAACAGCCCCCCAGCCCGCAUUUUCUCAGGAUCCAGAGAGGAUCCCCUACUUUCCCACCCAUCCGCGCCACUGGCCCCUGAGGAUAUGGAGAAGGGGUCCAGGACGGAGCCUGGUCUCAAGAUUCUAAAGAGGCGAGGGUCUACGUUUGCGGUUCUAAAUGGGAGGGGCUGGGUGCCUGACUGGGUUCGAAAAGGGGUGGGGCGAGAAGGGAGCCUUCGCAAGGGGGCGGGGUCGGAGGGCUCAGAGGAGGAGAGGGUGCGGACGCCGAAGGCGCGGACGAGCGCGUGCGUCAGGGAAGGGGAGGGCCCACGGAGGAAGGGCCUUUUAGGCCGGCCCGAGGAAGGAGAGGGUCUUGGGAAGAGAGGUUGCCAGGUCUUAGAAGGACGGAGCUUAUAAGUAAAUUGUCUUUAGGGGCCGGACGACGGAGAGUUCCAAAAGGGAGGAGCUACGUAGCAGAGUUCGUAAUGGGCGGGGCUUCGGGAGAAGUAAUAACGGAGGGGGCGGGGCAUUGUAAAGGGGCGGGGCUGAAAGAACGUUCUAAAGAGAUGAGGCCUAGGACUACGAGGUCUGGGGGGCGGGGAAGAAGACACCGGAGUAUUUCAAAGGGAGAUCCAGAAAUGGGGAACGUGCAGUCGGAGCCGUCCGCGGGCGGGGGCUCCCGAAAAGAGCAGGCCUCGGACCGGUCCUCUGACUCCCGCCGGACAUCCCUGGUGGAGCCCGAGGUGACCCCCUCCUCCCCGGCCAUGCGCCUGGCUCGCGGGCUGGGCGUUUUGUUCCCUGGCAGCUCCGCGCCCCCGGGACUCCUGGUACCCCCGGAGCCCCAGGCCUCACCCUCACCCCUGCCCCUGACCUUAGAACUGCCCUCGCCAGUGACGCCCCCUUCAGAGGAGGCGGCUGCGGCCGCGGUCUCCACACCACCCCCUCCCCCCGUGGGGACCCUGCUGCCCGCGCCGUCUAAGUGGCGAAAACCCACGGGCACUCCGGUGCCCCGGAUCCGCGGUCUGCUGGAGGCGAGUCAUCGCGGCCAGGGCGACCCUCCGAGCCUCCGCCCGCUGCCGCCGCCGUCCCGGCAACUAACCGAAGAGGACCCCGACCCUGUCCCGAGGGCCCCAUCUCCGACUCCGCCGCCCUUGGAGCCGCGGAAGCCGCCACUACCGCCACCUUCCGACCGGCAGCCCCCGGACCGCAGAAUCACUCCUACUCUGGCCACACCCGCCGCAACCCCUACAGAAAGCCAGGCAAGACUCGGCAGCGAGGGCCAGACGGCCAGCGGGGCCCGCAGCGGGGCACCUCCCCAAGCAGGCGAGGGCGAAAUGGCCAGGCCUGCGGCCUCCGAGCCCGGCCUGAGUCUGUUGUGUAAAGUCACCUUCAAGUCGGGGCCCCCUCUGCCCCCUGCGGCAGCGUCGAGUUCUUUAGCCGCUAAAGCCUCUUUCGCGGGCGGCGGCGGCGGCGGCGGCGGACUCUUCGCCGCCUCGGGCGCCAUCUCCUACGCUGAGGUCCUGAAGCAGGGACCCCUGGCUCCUGGGGCCUCUCGCCCCUCGGGAGAGGUCCCUCGGGGAACUCAGAAAGCAGAGGGCGGAGAUGGAGACGGCGAGGGGUGUUCUGGACCCCCCUCGGCGCCUGCGUCCCUCGCCCGGACCUUUCCGCCACCACCUUACACCACCUUCCCUGGCUCGAAGCCCAGAUUUGACUGGGUGAGCCCUCCUGAUGGCCCUGAACGCCACUUUCGCUUCAAUGGGGCUGGCGGAGGCGUCUGGGCACCCAAACGGCGCUCAGCCGCUUUCUCAGGGCCCUGGAGCUUCACACCGCCUGCUCCAGGGCAGAUGCAUCCUGCUCCCGGGCCCCGGAGGCCCGCACCCGCCUUGCUGGCGCCGCCUAUGUUCAUCUUCCCGGCGCCCACCAAUGGCGAGCCUGUGCGCCCCGGGCCUCCCGGCCCCCCCGAGCUGCCGCCGCCGCCGCCGCCGCCCACACCACCACCCACGCUGCCUCCAGCGCCGCCUCCCACACCGCAGCCGCCCGUGCUCCAGCCAACGCCGCUGCCCGUGACGCUCCCGCCCGCCCCGGGCCCGGGCCCGGGCCACUCGGAGUCGGCCGUGACUCCCGCCCCGGCUCCCGUCCCGGCUCCCGCUCUGACCUCCGCCUUGGCUGCCGACCAGGCCCCAGCCCCGGUCCCGGCCCCGGCCCCGGCCCCAUCCCCGGCUCAAGCUCCCACUGUGGACGAGCCAUUACCACCCGCGCCCGCGCCCGUGCCCGUUAAGACCCGCACGCGCAGGAACAAGGGUCCCCGUGCAGCCCGCGCGGUUCCGCGUGAGGAUGGCGCGCCCGGAGAUGGUCCCCGCGAACGUACAGCCACUACUGUGACUGACAGCCGUGGUGCAGGGAGUGGCGGCAGCGGGUCUCUUCCGGCGGGGACAGCUAAUUCGGGCGCCGCGCGCCACUGGCCACCCUUCCAGGUGCUUAACUCCUGUCCCUGCAAGUGUUACUGCCGCCACCAGCCACGCCACCGCCGCCUGCCAAGAAACGUGUCUGCCUGGCUGAGCACGCCCACCAACCACCUGAGUGAGCCACCCUGGGUUGCCACCAUCAAGUUGGCCGGCUCCCUGGUAGCCGGGCUGGAGCACUAUGACUUGCAGGCUACCCAUUCCAACUGAGUGCAGUCUGCUCAAUGCCCUCUGCCUCCCCCUCCCUGACAAUAAAAUAACCAUCCAGAUGCCGA